UUGAAAAAUGCACAUUUUCGACAUCGUAAUGAAUCGAAUGCAAUACAGAGUGAUUUCAGAUAUUUAGAUAAAGCGAUUGAAAUCGAAGCAUUUCUACAGUACAACUUAAACGUGACACACGAUGGUCGAACGUAUGCAUACUCAGAUUUUUGUGGUUCACAUUGUGAAACGUCCGAUUCUGUGAGUAUAUUUUUGUCGUUGUAUAGAGACGUGAAAAUAAGGAAGAAAGCAAAUGUAAAAUUAACAUUUCCAACGAUGGAUAUUUUCGGUCAUCGAAUCUAUUUAGCGAACAAUAUCUUUCAAGUGGAUUUGAAUAAUCGAUCGCAUCUGAUUGAGGGAUGUCGCUUAGUAUCGAUAAACUUCCAUGCGCUCGUAUCAAAUUCAUCUUACGAGGCCAUAAUGAAGAGAUGGGAAACGAAAGUGUUCGAAUAUAGUGAAUCGACGAAGGAUGAUCCGUUAAUUCGAGUGUAUGCCACUUCAGAGGGUCUUGUUAGUGAGGAGAUGCGACGAACUGCUAUUGAAGCAAUGCCUCUGAUGUCUGUAUCGUUUGUGGUCGUGCUCACAUUCACAGUGUUAACAACACUGAGGCGAGAUCCCUUAAGAAGUAAACCUUGGGAGGCUGCAGUUGGUGUAUUUUGUCCAAUAUUAUCAUUGAUGGCUUCGUUUGGAGCACUGUUUUGGUUGGAGUUCUCAUUUAUUCCGAUACUGUGUGUGGUACCGUUCUUGAUUUUGGCUAUCGGUGUGGAUGAUGUGUUCAUAUUUUUGUAUAGUUUUCAUCGAACCUCACCGAGGCUACCAGUCGAAGAACGAAUUGCUGAAAUGUUAGCUGAGGCCGGACCUUCGAUCACAAUUACAUCUCUGACUAAUUUCUUAUCAUUUGCUAUCAGUGCGUUCACACCAACGCCAGCUAUACAGAGUUUCGCGAUCUUCAUUAGUGUUGCGGUGAUGUUUGAUUAUUUCUAUCAAAUAUUCUUCUUCUCAGCUAUAUUAGCUUUUGGUGGGCAUAGGGAAGAGAAACACCUCAGUGCUUAUUUACCGUGUAUGAAGAUACAACCACCAGAUGCGGCAAAAUGA